AUGCUCUCCCUCUGCACCCCCUCCUUCGGCCCCCCCUCAAAAUGGCAAUUCCUCCCCCUCCCCACCCCAAACCUCACACGAGACGACGAAGUCCUAAUCAAAGUCCACGCCGCAGCCAUCAACCCAACAGACAUCGGGGGCGCUCAGGGCCGGUAUUGGCCAGCUUUUAAUGUUCCUCUUCCCUUCAAAAUCGGCUACGACCUCGCGGGCACAAUAUCCGCCGUCGGGGCGUCAGUUACGAAAUUUAAAAUUGGCGAUGAAGUGUUUUGCUGUCUAGCUUUUAAGACUGCUGGAUUCGGCAACGGCUCAAUAUCCGAGUACGCGAAGAGUACUGAGGAUCUAGUGGUUCUCAAACCGCGGAAUUUAACCUUUGUGCAAGCGGCGAGCUUGCCGUUGGUGUGUUUGACGGCCGUGCAGAUGUUUGAGAGGAUCCCCGGGGGUGUGGAGGGGAAGGCUGUUUGGGUUACUGCGGGUCUUAGUGGUGUGGGUUCGGUUGCUGUGCAGAUGGCGAAGAAUGUUUAUGGGGCGCAGAGGGUGUGUACGAGUGUGUCGACGAGGAAGGUAGGUUUGGUAGAUGGGUUGGUAGGCGAGGGUGUUGUGGAUGAGGUUGUUGAUUAUACGAAAACGGAUCUGAAGAAGGCGGUACCGCUUAAGUCGGUAGAUGUCUUGAUCGAUACUAUUGGUUCUAUGUUCUCCACGCUCCCGCUCGUCAAACCAGGCGGCAUGAUAAUAACCUGCGCUGGUCCAUCACCACCGUCAGGCCGGAAUCUCAAGAAUAUCAGCUCAGCAAUCAAUCGCUUCAUUGAGAAACUUCUCGAUCUUAUAGAUAAUCUCACCAGAUGGUGGGUUGGCAGAUCAGGUGUUAACUAUGAUAGUGUAUUGAUGAAAGCUAAUGGGAGCGAGUUGGAGAGAGUUAGGACGUGGGUAGAAGAGCACAAGAUUAGACCGGUUGUGGGGAAGGUGUUGAAGUUUAGGGAUUUGGUGGGGAUUAGGGAGGAGUGUGGGAGGGUGAUGAAAGGGAAGGGUGGGGUGGGGAAGGUUGUUGUUGAGGUUAUUGCUGAGUAG